UUAUCCGGUACGUCACUACCUUUCGGAUUUCCUAUGAAACGUCACGUUUGGCACGAACAUGAAUUUGUUUACAUUAUGAAUAGUUUUGAAAUCACUAUAUUCAUAUCAUAGUAGAGUAGUUGUUGUGUGCUGUCAAUUUUGUCUUCCCAAUUAUUUUUGUUUAUCAUCGUGAUGUUUAGAUUUCGACUCGGAACCUCUGUCUUUCAAUGUCGCAGAUCAACUAUUUUGAUAAGUUCUCUACGAGCAAUUGUUGUUCUUUUAAUAUUGUAUAUUCUUUUUCGAAUUAUGUCAAGUAAUUUUCCUGAUAAACCAAGUUCUCCUUCACCCUCUGAUGUAAACAAGGGUGAGCUAUCUCUUUUAGAAAAAAGAUUAGAAAACUUAGAAAAAGAACUGCAAAGAAAUAGACUGAUGUUAUCACAAGUGAAAGAUACUGUUCGUCAUGUAAUUAAAGUAGAUUCAAAUGGUUUGGCACUUGAGACAGCAUCUCAGAAAGCUAAUCGCAGCUUCGUGAAAGUAUCCUAUUCUGACUGUCAGUUGUGUACAGAAGAAAUUGCUGAUGCAGAUGAAAACACAGCUGAUAUCUAUGCAAAAAUUGAAUUUGACAACAAAGAUGGUGGUGUAUGGAAACAAGGGUGGAACAUUGAAUAUGAUGUAAACCAAUGGAGUGAAAGCAAAAAGUUGAAAGUAUUUGUUGUUCCCCAUUCACAUAAUGAUCCAGGUUGGAUUAAAACAUUUGAAAAAUAUUUCAAGGACCAAACACAGCAUAUCUUAAAUAAUAUGGUACAAAAAAUGAAAGACGAUAAGAGAAGAAAAUUUAUCUGGGCUGAAAUAUCUUUCUUUUCUGUAUGGUGGGAGAAAGUUGAUAAGAAUACUCAGUCAAUUGUCAAGAAGCUGCUAUCUGAUGGUCAACUGGAAAUAGUUACUGGUGGUUGGGUAAUGAAUGACGAAGCAACAACACACUACUUUGCUAUGAUAGAACAAAUGGUAGAAGGGCAUCAAUGGUUGGAGCAAAAUUUGGAUUAUAAACCAAAAAAUGGAUGGGCUAUUGAUCCCUUUGGCUUGUCACCAACAAUGGCUUAUUUACUAAGAAGGAUGGGCUUGGAUAACAUGGUUAUACAAAGAGUUCAUUAUUCUAUCAAGAAGUAUCUCGCAAAACAAAAGAGUCUAGAGUUUUUGUGGAGACAAACAUGGGAUCUAAACCACACAAUGGACAUAUUAUGCCAUACUAUGCCUUUUUAUAGUUAUGAUAUUCCCCACACAUGUGGUCCUGAUCCAAAAGUAUGCUGUCAGUUUGAUUUUAAACGUCUGCCAGGGAAUAAAGUUAACUGUCCAUGGAGAGUUCCUCCUGCAGCAAUUACUGAAAAAAAUGUGGCUGACAGGGCAACUGUUCUUCUUGACCAAUAUAGAAAAAAGGCUCAGCUAUUUCGAAGCAAUGUAGUUAUGAUUCAACUUGGGGAUGAUUUUAGAUUUGAUAAAGCUGCUGAAUGGGAUCAACAAUUCAAUAAUUACCAAAAACUUUUUGAUUAUAUCAAUAGUCGGGAAGACUGGCAUGCAGAACUAAAGUUUGGGACAUUAGAAGAUUACUUCUCUGCGCUACGAGAAGACAGCGGUACAGAUCAUAGAAAUAUGCCUUCUAAUUUCCCUUCUCUUACUGGUGAUUUUUUUACUUAUGCUGAUCGUGAUGAUCACUACUGGAGUGGAUAUUUUACAUCCAGGCCAUUUUACAAAAACAUGGACAGAUCAUUGGAGGCUCACUUAAGGGGUGCAGAAAUAUUAUUUAGUAUAAUGAUGGCUAAAAUAGAGAAACAAACAAUAUCAUCUAUACUUCCUUAUAUUGCUAUGUUGAUGGGAGAUUUAAUAUCAUCCAGAAGAACUCUUAGCCUUUUUCAACACCAUGAUGCCAUCACUGGAACAUCCAAGGAUCAUGUGGUUAUGGAUUAUGCUUCUAAGAUGUUUGCUACAUUACAAAAACUUAGAAAUGUCAUUGGACAGUGUGCUGUAUUUUUGUUAUCCCCAAACUUCUUAGAUGUUAUGGAUGAACAAUUAUCUUUAUUGCAAACAGACGAGUAUAGACCGCAUAAUGCAUUGCCUCAGAAGAUACCUAUUAAAUUUACUCAAGAUCGUAAGGACAGAUAUGUUGUUUUAUACAACUCUUUAGCUCAUUCCCGUAAUGAAUUAGUCAAAGUAAUUGUGUCUUCAGCAUCAGUUGUUGUAAGAGAUAGCUCUGAUAAUUUAGUACCCUCUCAAGUAAAUCCUGUAUUUAAGAAGAAAAAAAUUUCAGAAUCUGAAUUUGAGUUAGUGUUUUAUGUUGAACUACCACCUCUUAGUCUUUCAACAUAUUCCAUUUAUGAAGUAGAGCGUGCUCUUUCAUUUACUCAGCAUGCCUCCAUAAAAGUUAUGAAUACAGCUACUCCUCCAUUGUCAUUAGAUUUUCUUGUAUAUCACAUUGAAAAUACCCCAAUAGAUUUUACCAUCAAAUCUGAUUAUUAUACUGCUGUAUUUAGUGGAUCUAAUGGAUUACUUAAGAAAGUGAUAUCAGCUGAUUCUGCUAUUGACUUAGAUAUGAAAAUUAAAUUUUUGAAGUAUGGCACUAAAACUAAAGGGAAAGAUAAGAGUGGAGCAUACUUAUUUUUACCAGAUUCUGAAGCAAAAGAAGUUGAAUAUAAUAAACCUGAAAUUAUAAUUAUUGAAGGGUCACUAAUGUCUGAAGUUAUUGUGUUUUUACAUGAAGUGGAACAUCAUGUUUCCUUAAAAAAUUCACCUGGUUUGGAUGGAACUGGAAUUGAUUUUUAUAAUAUGAUCAAUAUUGCUUCUGAUACCAAUAAAGAGCUCAUAAUGAGGUUUGAAACUAAUAUAACCAAUGAUAACCAAGACUUUUACACAGAUUUAAAUGGAUUUCAGAUGAUUAGAAGACACAAUUAUGAUAAAUUGCCAAUACAGGCUAACGUGUAUCCUGUGAGUACAAUGGCUUAUUUUGAAAGUAAUGACUUAAGAUUCACUUUUCUUACAUCUCAUUCUGUUGGAGCUGCUAGUUUGCAACCUGGUCAUUUUGAAGUGUUUUUGGACAGAAGACUGAAUCAAGAUGAUAACAGAGGUUUGCAACAAGGGGUUACUGACAAUCGAGAUACUCCUGCUUAUUUUCGAAUAAUUUUAGAACAACGCACAAGUCGUUUUAUGGGCUCUACAAGUUAUCCUUCUCUUCUGGCUCAUCAUGCCUCAUUAUCUCUUAUUCAUCCUAUAUUUGUUUUAGUAAGAUUAGAUAAAGAUGUAGAAUCCACCAUUGUUUUGAGAAACCCCGAUGCUCCUCUUAAAACUAGUUUUGUUGCUGUUGGAUUGGAGUUACCAUGUGAUGUACAUUUAGUGAAUUUAAAGACUCUACAAGCACAAACGGGAACACUUAAUUUACCAUCUAAUUCUACAGUCCUUUCUUUACACCGAAUGGGCUUUGAUUUUAGUUUUAAGAUGUGGGGCCAGUGCACUAUGCAAAAUGGAACAAUGUCUGUUGCUUCAUUGUUUCCUAACUUAUUUGGGAAUACAGUUGAAGAAAUGUCUCUUUCCUUGAUGUAUUCUGGCAGCAAGUUUACUAGAGAAGCAUAUGUUCAACUUCCUACUAUGGAAAUAGUUACCUUUAAAUUAAAUCAAAGGUAGCUCACAAAGUGCCUUAUUGUCCUUAAAAUUUUACUAUGUGAUAGACAUUAACAAGCUAUUAGUUAUCAACUUCAACGUAAGAAACAUUCAUCCUUCUAUUUUAAGUCAUUUUUCAUCUUUGAAAUACAUUGCAACAUACUUGUUAUUAUAUUGUGUAAUUGGAAUUUUAUGAAACAAAAUCUAGUCAAUUUGUAUUGUACUCACAUUAAAAAAAUAUAUAUCACACCAUUUUCUAAUAUACUCAGCAAUAUAAUGAAUUAAAGACACUAAUACUGAAAGCUCGUAUAAUUUUGGAUGAUAUAAAAAUUCUAGACUAUGCAAUUUACUCUGUGAACAUGUUUUUUAUAAAUGUUAUGCCAAACUCCUUACCCUGCUAGUCUGUGAAAUUUGUGAUAAAUUGUUUUACAUUUUUUGCAUACUUAAAUGAUAUUUUCUCAAAUGAACAGCUUGGUAGGGGAAAAAUUUUAAGUGAACCAUAAUAUCUCUUCCAGAACUGGUUAGAAAUUAAAUGUCAUUAAUUUUCUAUCACUAUUAAUAUUUUGUUUGUAUAUUUCAUCAUUUCUUUUUACUCCUUGUAUCGUAAUAGUUCUUUAUUCUAUCAAUUGAAUUAGUUACUGAUGAUUUAUGAAAAGUAUUUCUAAAGUAUCAAUUAUAAAGAAAAGUAAAAGUGAAAAAUCUGUACAAAAAGAAAAAAUGCUAGCAAAAACUGUUUUCAUUUGAAUUCAGCUUGUCUCUCUCAUAUAAGGUAAAUGGUUAAAAAAGCCUUCUAAAAAUAUAUUUAUCAUGACAUUUGUUACACUGAUUAAUUUUAUGAAUGUGAAUUCUUUUGUAUUGGAAAUCCUUAUGCCUGUCAGCAGUUUAUCAAAAAUAAGAAAGAA